ACGGUAUCGGCUGUUCGCAACGACGCGACCGUGAGAGUGGGCCAUCCGCGGGGGGUUGCCCACCGAGCGAGGUAGGUCCAGGAGGAGAAUAAUGUCGGACUACCUGAGGUCCGCGCUCGGGUACCUGAACGGCGCCACCACCACCGGCGGCGGCAACGAGUACGUCGGCCAGACGUUGGAGAUCAACAAUGUGAAGCUGAGGGUGACGCGACUGAUCGCCGAGGGUGGAUGGGCCUUGGUGUUCGCGGUAGAAGAUGUCGCUACAGGAAAAGAAUAUGCCCUUAAGAGACUUAUCGCCGCCGAUGAGGAUGCAAACAGAACCAUUAUACAGGAGAUAGAAACGUUGAAGAGACUGUCGAAUCACCCAAACGUUAUUCAGUUCUUGCACGCCCAGCGACUGGAGCGAGAGGAGCGUAAAGGAUACGAGUACCUGGUCGUCACCGAGCUAUGUCCCGGCGGUACGGUAGCGGAUAUACUCAGGAGCGUGUCCGCGAACACGCUGACUCUCGCCCAAGUGUGCAGAGUGGCCUAUCAAGCGGCACGUGCGGUGCAUCACAUGCACAGCCAGCAACCGGAGCCCUACGUGCAUCGGGACAUCAAGCUGGAGAACUUCUUGCUCGGGCGGGACGGCCUUGUGAAACUCUGUGACUUUGGUAGCGCCUCGACUCAGCAGAUCCUGCCGGACCCGUCAUGGAAUGCUCAAAAACGCGCCACUCUGGAGGACCAGUUGGCCAAGUACACAACCCCCAUGUAUCGCGCUCCGGAAAUGAUGGAUACGUGGAACAAUGAACCCAUAGGGCCUCCGGUGGAUUGCUGGGCGUUAGGAUGUAUAUUGUAUUCCCUGAUCACCCUGCGGCAUCCUUUUCCCGAAGGUAACAAACUAGCAAUCGUAAACGGCAAGUAUCCACCGUUACCGCCCAAUCCACGGUACGCGUGUCUGCACGAUCUGGUGAAGGGAUGCCUGCAAGUCUCGCCCAUACAAAGGUUAACGACAGCACAGCUCUUGGAGCGUCUGGCGGCAAUCGCCGAGUCAAACGAUUUCGAUCCCAGAGAACCGCCGCGGAUCGAAGUCGCGAUCAAAUCGUCACCACCCCCGCGUCCAACACCACCGCCGCCGCCGCCGUCAAAUAUGCCGACGUCGGUCCCUCGUACCACCGCGCCGGCGACGAUGCCGCCGCCGAGACCGGCGCCCGCGCAGACGGCGGUGUCCAAGAUACCGGCGGCUCCGAGCACGACCGGCCUAUUCAACUCGCUGAGGGGCGGCGCCGGCAGUAUCCUGCGCAACUUGAAGGACACCUCCAGCAAGGUGAUGCACACCGUUCAACAGAGUAUGGCCAGGACGGAACUGGACGCGAGUUACCUGACGUCGCGCAUACUCGUCAUGCCGUAUCCAGCCGACGGGAUCGAGUCUGCCUAUCGGGCCAAUCACGUGGAGGACGUGAGAGUCUUCCUCCACGCGAGGCAUCCGCCGCCCGCCAAGAUUCAGCUCUACAAUCUGUCCCGCGGCCGGCCGAACGUCGCGCGGCUCCCCGGCAGGCACAUCGAUUGCUCGUUUGCCUACGCCACCCCGGAAUCGAACGCGCCCAUGCUGUUCGCUCUGUACCAGAUCUGUCAAGAUAUCUACCAAUAUCUGAACGCCGACUUCAAUCACGUAGUGGUGCUAUAUUGUACUGACGGGUAUCGGGCGAGCGCCACAGUGGCGUGCACUCUGCUGAUCCACUGCAGGGCCUUGACCACCGUCGACGAGGCGAUCGCUCUGUUCACGACGAGACGCUGCCAGCCGCCGCAUCUGCAACCCUCGGAAUUGCGCAGUAUUAAUUACAUGAGUAUGCUCAGCGGCGGCCGGCCUCCGCACACGAAGCCGCUGGUCCUCCGUUCCGUUGUCAUACAGCCGGUGCCGUUGUUCACCCGGGCGAGAGACGGCUGUCGGCCGUACAUAGAGAUCUACAGUAACGGCGCGCUGGUCUUCACGACGAAGAAGGCCGGCUACGAAGAGAUGAAGCUGUUCGGCAUGAUGGAGGGCAAGGUCUGCCUGAUUCUGGGAGACGCGGCCGUGCGCGGUGACGUCACUCUAGUGGUAUACCACGCCAGGCAGCAGCUCGGCCGUGUAAUUGGCAUUAAAAUCGCCUCGCUGCACUUCCACACCGGCUACGUGCCCAUCACCGAGAGCGCCUUGACGUUCGAGAAACGCGACCUCGACGAUGCCCCCGAGAUCGGCGGCAAGUUCCGCGUUGUGCUGAAUGUCAUGAUAGGUGAGGAAAAUACGAAACUGUCGAGGGUGCCGGCGCCGUGGGAAGCGGAAAUGUGUGUCAAGCCCGUGCCGGAUCCGCUGUUUGGUUCGACGCUGGAAAUGGAGGAAACUCUGGAGAACUUCAGGACAGCUUCUCACCAGGAAGAGGCUGAGAAAGUAUCGUCGAAUGAAACCGACAAGAUUUCACAACACGAAGCGAUACCUCAACAACAGCCGGAAGAGCCGAAGGAGGAAGAGCCAAGCAAGAUCGAAGAGAACAGCUUUCAGGAGGCUGAUCUGUUGAACCUCGGCAUGCCGGACAAUACCAAUAAUACCUCAAAUACUCCCGCCGCCGCGGCGACGGCAAAUCCAGGAUUAGAUAUUUUUUCUAGUUCUAGUCAGAACGAAAGCGAUCUCUUGGGCGGUUUCGGCGUGUCGGCGCCGCAGACCGAGGCCGCCAAUUCGAUACCUUUAAUUAACAAUAACGUCCCGACUGAUUUACUGUUCGGACACGACAGUUCUGCGACGAGGAGCAGCACCACCCCGAGCAACAGCAAUCUGAACAUGAACGAUCUUUUAUUCGGACAGAAUCAGGCAGCAUCGAGCAACGUUAAGGAGGUCAACGACCUGCUGUUCGAUCCGCUGGGCGGCAACAUCUCGGGGAAUCUCCUCAGCGGCCUCGCGCCGAACACCGCGAAACCGAACACCGCCAAGGGCCCGAAUCCCGAAGAGAACUUCCCGCGAAAUGCCAGCGUGCCGAACUUCGCCGCUCAGACUCAGAGCAAGGAUCCGUUCGCCAAUCUGGCCGGGUCGUUAGGCGCCGGUCUCACGGGCAGUUGGAACGGCACGCCGAGAAAUUCGAACACCCCGCAGUCGGCGAGCCCGGCGCCCGCGAGCACGCCGAUCCACUCCAGCCCGAAUACGAUGCACAAAGCCAAUGCGGCGACCAACGAGGCCAACGGCGCGAACAGCGGCGCGAACUCGGAUGUGUUCGGCGGUAAAGCGAAGGAGAAGACGAGCGGCGACGCGUUCGAGGAUCUGCUCGGUAGCCAGGGUUACAACUUCUUCAGCUCGCGCAAGGCCGACAAGGACAGCCCGAAGACAAUAAAUCAGAUGCGAAAGGUGGAAGCGGCAAAGUCGAUGGAUCCCGACAGGCUGAAGAUCGCCGAGUGGACGGAGGGCAAGAAAGGAAAUUUGCGGGCCCUGCUCUGCUCGUUGCACACGGUUCUGUGGCCGGAGGCUGACAGGUGGCAGCGUUGCGAAAUGCAUCAACUGGUCACGGCAGCGGACGUCAAAAAAGCUUAUAGAAAAGCUUGCUUGGCUGUGCAUCCCGACAAGCAAGCAGGCACAGCAAAUGAGAAUAUAGCAAAGUUGAUUUUCAUGGAGCUGAACAAUGCGUGGAGCACGUUCGAGAACGAUGCGUCGCAGCAAAACCUAUUUAGCUAAUUUUAAUGAUCGUUAUCUGUUAUCGAGAACCUGUCUCUGUAAUUAAUUUAGUUCCUAGCGGAAGGGGAGCUAAGGGCGGGGCGGGGAUCUCGUUAUCCGUGCGAUAACUGCAUCCAUGUAACUGCAUUCCGACUACGUUAUUUUAGCUGUAGAGAGAAAGACAGGGUGCGAAAGAGAAAGAGAAACGAGAGAAAGAAAGUAAAGUCUUCAGAGGCGACGGCGAGUUCGGCGAAGCGGUGCUUCGGGACGCGUCUCCUUAUUGUUUCAACGCCUUGUAAACCUAGUUAAAAUGCCCCCACUUAUGGCAGUGCGGCGUAACGUAUAUGUAUAUAACGCAAAUGUACAUUAAAAAGAGGAUCCCAAAUAUACGAAGCUAUUUUCCGGUCGAAAAGAA